AUGGCAUUACAAAAAAGUGAUCAAGAUAUUGUGAAUGCAAUGACAAUGGAGGAUGUAACUAAGAGACAUUUACAAGAGUUACGAGAUGAUGGUUGGGAUUCUCACAUGGAAAAAGUAACCACAUUUAUGGUUAAGUAUGACAUUGAAAUUCCUAACAUGGAGGAAAAGUAUGUUGUCCCAGGGAGACGACAAUUUCGUGGUGGUAGGCCACAAGUGACUAAUCUUCACCAUUUUCGAGUCGAAGUUUUUCUAAGUGUCAUUGAUCUACAAUUGCAAGAACUUAAUAAUCGAUUUGACGAGAACCUUAAUGAGCUUUCCAUGAAACUUGUUGAGACACAAAAGAAUGAAACUCAUCCGAUAGUAUACCUGCUUUUGAAGUUAGUGUUGCUUCUCCCUGUGGCGACAACAAGUGUUGAAAGAGCUUUUUCAGGAAUGACUCAAAUUAAAAGCAAAUUGCGCAAUAGCAUGGGAGAUCAGUUGUUGAUUAAUUGUUUGGUUACUAGUCUAGAAAAAGAUUUGUUUUUGAAUGUAGGCAUAGAUGCUAUCGUAAACCGAUUCCAAAAUAUGAAAAAUCGAUGA